AUAAACCCAGAUAGCAGCUCCCCUUACAGCUGUCUGCACCGCACAUAAAAUUAGACCCCCAGACAGUCGUACUCUAGGCACCAGCAGGACAAGACAACUGGGGAAACUGCUGUGGAAGAUGGACCCAAGUUACAGUGCCAGUCUUUACUUUGGAAGCUGCACAAGAUGCAGUAAAGCAGUGUAUGGAGCAGGGAGAGCCUGCCAGGCGAUGGGACAUUUAUUCCACGACACUUGUUUCACCUGCAGUGUUUGCAGUGAAAAACUCAGUGGAAAACCAUUUUAUUCAGUGUCAGGAGGAAUCUAUUGUGAAAAUGACUUUUUGUAUUCAGGAGUUCAUCCAUCCCCAGAAGUGUGUAACAGCUGUGGCUAUUUAAUCAUGGAUAUGGUCUUGCAGGCUCACGGGAAGUCCUAUCAUUCGUGCUGCUUUCGCUGUGUCAUCUGCAAACAAGGCCUGGAGGGUCAGCCCUUCACUGUGGACUCAGACAGCAGGGUUUACUGUGUCAGCGACUACCACAAAAUCCGGGCUCCCUGCUGUGCUGUCUGCAGAACACCGAAUACUGCCAACUGAGGGGUCUACAGAGUCUAUUCGAGUGGUAUCAUCUAACAGAAAUUACCAUGUAGAGUGCUACAGUGGUGAGGUUAACCUUGUUUGAGGAGCAGGCUGAUGAACAUCUUUCUUUGUUUUUCUGCUGGUCUUUGUUUGUAAAUGUAAAAUAUGAGUUUAUUUAUGAGUUAAUUCCUCAAUAACAUUUUGUACAAUUUCUUGUCUGCAAUAAAGUCACUGCAAACAGA